UAAAAAGUGAAGUAUUUCCUAGUUCAGACAGAUCUGUCAGCGGGGUGCAGUCUGUAUCAGAGACAUGAGCUCCUUCCAGUUUAACGCUCUUUUGCUGGAGAUUUCGAACCAGCUGUCCUCUGAACAGCUGGAUAAGCUCAAGUUUCUGUGUCGAGACCUGGUCGGGAAGAGAGACCUGGAGAAGACCGACACCGGGCGGAGACUGUUCCAGAUCCUGACGGAGAGAGGCCGCCUGGCUCCCGACAACACGGAGUAUUUGUGCCGGCUUCUUACUGAAAUUCACCGGGAGGACAUCGCAGAGAAAUUAAGCCGUUUUGAAUGUCCGCCUGGAUGCCCCGAAGUCCUGGACAAGGCGGAGACAGACAAACUGGAUAUUGCCACCAAUGUGAUCUCAGAGAACCUGGGAAAGAAUUGGCGUAAACUGGGCCGCAAACUGGGUUUGAGUGAAGUUAAGCUGGAGUCCAUCUCCAAGAGACAUCCCACAGAACUAGAUGAGACGGUGAUCGAGCUGCUGAAAGAGUGGAGGAAGAUUCAAAGAGCCGAGGCCCGAACAGAGGAGCUGAUAAAAGCCCUGAGAGCCUGCCAGUUCAACCUGACUGCUGAUAAAGUGGAGAAAAGGCUUGCAGAAAAUCAGAUCAGAGACUGAGAUUAACUUUGGGGAAUGGAAACGAAAGCUGUGAUUUAAAGAAAUCCAUUUUCAAGAAAGUUAUAUACACGUCUAUAUGAAAUUAUGCAAAAUCAUCUUUUUUGAUGUGAAUAAAUCGACUUGAUUGAAACA